UCGGCAAUAUGAACGAGCCAAGCUACAACAGCUUAUGCCGGGUUCGAGGACGGCCAAUGUGCAGUCUUAGACCCAGAAAGGCCGAAUCAAGGGGAGGCCUCGACAGUUCGUCUACAAACCCUUCGCUGCCGGCCUAACUAACGACGGCGGCCAUGGGUGGAGGUGCCGCUCUUCUGCUUCUUGUUCCUCCUCUACCUCUCUCUGUUGGAGUCCCCAAACACCGCUUCCCCUUCCUUACUUGCCACCCGAAACUUUUCUCACUUACAGGGAGACCACUUAUAACCAAUUGUAGCAGGAGAAAGAAGCCUGUCGUACUUGGAGCUGCUUAUUCGUCAGGGACGGACGCCCUGCCGGUGCCGUCGCCGGCGGACCUCGAGAGAUUGGAUUCCGAUGAAUUUCCGGCACUCCGAACUUUCGAGAACGACUUGGGCAGGCUUUCCGUGAUCGGUGACGUUAGUCUGCAGCAAGCCCUCGCCGCGGCUUCGGCUGACGGAGGACGCGCUGCACAUGAGCACAUCGCCGCCGGCUUGUCCGUCAUGGUUGUCGAAACAGUCUUUCCUGGACACCCCGGGGAGCACAGCACGGUCUCUACGAGAUUGACUUCUCUGCAAUCGUGACGUGCUGAAAUUUAUUAGCUGAAACAUCCUGAUACCGUGGGGACUUGGGUGUUUCCGCAUGCUCCCACUUGUAGAAACUUGCGGAGGAGGAGGAUAAGUUGGGUUCUUAGACACAAUGCCAAGUUGUUUAGAAGAUGGGACAAGUUGGUUUUUGUUCAUUACCCCAUUGCAUUCAAACAUGUCAUGAGGCGCUAGUCUUAAUUGCUUAGUUUUAGGUGCUAAACUAUGUUGUCAACAGUUUUUGCCAGCUAGAAAGGUUAAAGAGAAAGUGAAGAAGCUGAGAAGUUCUCUCGCUGCUGACAUCUUAUCUGGUUCAGCCUCUAAUACCAUACUGGCCAUGACAUUCAGGCAAGUUGUGAUUCAGCGGUUGUGGAGUUUCGAGCUUGCCUUGUUCCAACCUGGAAGUUGGACCCCUACCUUUGUGAUGAUGCUAGUAAUUUGCCUGAUAUAAAUAAUGUGUAUAUAUAUUCCGAUGUUGCAACUCUAUGGUGCUUGUUGUUGUCACUUUAUUAAAGUAAUAAAAUGUACCGCAUCUCAAC